CAUUCCGGAUGAUGAUGUGACACAACAAGCAUGCGCUGCCGUAAAUGUCAAAUUCCGGAAAAUAGCCACCCCAAGAAUCAGUCUGUGAAAAUUUAGUGUACCAUUUGGAUUGGAAAUUAGGAAAACGUAUAGUUUCAUCUUAAAAUUGCUCAAAAUGCCGUGCGUUGGUUGUGGAAAAGAUUGCAAGUGCACGCCGGAGAAGUGCUGCGAGAACUGCAAGUGCCAAAAACCCGGACAGUGUGGAUGCAAUCCGUCGAAUGCCAGCUCCUCGGGCGGAUGUUGCAAGAAGGAUGGCGGCGACACAGCGGGCGGCGAUGCCAAGUCAAGUUGCUGUGGCUCAAAGAAGUAAAAGCCCAACCCCCCAUUGAUGUCAGUAUUGGAAAAAAAAAAUACGUUUUUUCCAUUUAUUUUUCGAUGGCCAUAACUGCUAGUGAGCUGUUAUCAUUAAAUACAUUUAUUGUUUAAUCGAAACAAAACCAAG